CUUCAAAGGACCGUACGACAACAUAAUACAAUCAUAUAUUUCAAACAUAUACCCAAAGGGACAGAGAGGCUUACCUUGCAGAUUUUUGGCGAUUGGGCUCCUUCUUCAGCUGGCUUCUGGCUUCUGCAUUUGUUUUUUUUUUUCCUUUGGCAAUUUCUGUAAGUCAUGAAAUGGGGCUGACUUUGAUUUUUUAUGCCCAUUAUUGUUGGUGAACUUUGUUGUUUUGAAAAACUUGUGUGUAUUUAUGUAUAUAGAUAUGUAUAUAUACACAUAUUUGGCGAAUAUUAUUUCAGUUUACUAGGCAUUUUCAGGAGCUAUUUCAUUUUUCUUAUAUUUGGGUCUCUCUUUCUAAUUUGAAGGAUUUGAAGCUUGAGCUUCUUUUUAUUGUAUUAAGGUUGACCGAAGCAAAAUAUGUCCAAGUUCAAGUAUUGAACUGCCACUAAUGGUGAAUGUAGAGUUUUGAAUUGAUGAAUUUAGACUUUGCUAUAGAGCGAAGUUCUCAUGCUAUGGGAUAUAUGGACAAUGCCGUGGAGAACAAUGAGAGUUUUUUUGUCAAAUUGUCUGAUUGAGGAUGUUGAGAGCGAUGGGAUCCCAAUGGGGGUUCCAUUUGACCGAGUUACUCUUGUGAAAAAUCUUGAUUGUGACAAAAUAGAUAUGGGCGCAACACUUUUUGGGAAUGGAGAGGAGCCAGAGACAAUAGGUUUCAUGAUUGGUCCAUCAGGUGGUGAACAUUAUGAAUGUCAGGUUGAGUGCUCCAGUCGUCCUACUGGGUUCCUUAACGUAAACCCUGAAUGCACCUUGACAAGUAGAGAUUUGCAAAACUGGAGAGUUGCUUAUAAUAUACCUUCAAAUUUGGAAAUGAGAUUGCCUAAAUCUUAUGAGAGGGCUGACUGGGAUAUGGGAGAUUAGGUGUGUCUUUACAAGGAAGCUUUUGAUUGUGGAUUUCGGUUCCCUUUCACUCCUUUGGUGACCGAGAUACUUAGUCUCUAUGAAAAUCCCCUGGGCAACUUAUGCCAAAUAGUUGGAGACUGCUCCUAAGCCUUGAGCAAUUUAUUGAAAGGUUUGGUAUUAUAGUAGAUCCCCUAAUUUUUAGGAAAUGUUAUUAUGCUAAAGAGCACGAUAGAGAGAAAGGUCAAGUACAGUUCGUUUGUCGCUCUAGGAAAAAACCAGUUUGACUAAGGCUGAUGAUUCAGCCUGGAAGGAAGCAUAUUGCUUUUUUAGAGGUAGUGGUUUGUUUGAGCCGGGGGUUGAAAGGAGUUUUCCAUUCUCUUGGCGGAUCUUGAGUGAGUGUUGAAUUGUGUGCUUUUAUUGUGACGAAUACGUAUGUUUUAUUAAUGUUGAUGUAUGGUUUCUGGUGCAGAUACAGACCUUGGUGCUCAACCUCACAUGGACGAGCUAGUUGAUCAAAUUAUUGAGGAUAUUGAAUUUAUAAAAGAGGAGCAUCGUAAUUUCAGAAAGUUUCUUCCCAAAGAUUGUCGGCAAAAAUCACAAGACAGUUACGACGAAGGUAUCUCUGAACUUCAAUCCCUUGAACACAUUCACAUCCUUGUUUUGACUCAAGAACUUGAUAAGGUUGGAAUUGAGUUUACUGUUUUGACUCACUUGACCAAAGAGCAACGUAUGUUUGCAGACAAGAUGUCUAAAAAAAGAGUGAUCAAAAUACCCAAAGCUAGUGAUGCUGUGGCUAAAGAUAAACUGACAGCAGUUAAGAGGCCGAAGACAAGCGGGUCCAAACAAGUUUCUGAGGUUGAAUUUUCUGUUAUUCUGCUGACCCAAUCUUCUUUGGGUACAUGUACUACUAUCAAGAGGAAAGUUGACUUUCUUGACCCAGAGGUCCCCGAUGAGACUGUCCUUCGAAUUCCUCAUACUGUGUCGGUUUACUCGAACACUGCAUCGAUUGAAGGACAUGUAAGUGGACUCCUUCAUCCUGCUAAUUGAGAACGACUGAAUGAUCUUGGUUGAGUUGGGGCUGCCAACUAUGGAGUAGCUGAGGCUUACAAGGUAAGGAUGUUGUUUAUUGCCUUAUUAUUGUGUUUAAUCCUUUUAGCUCUUUUUAAACUUGGUUGUAAUGUAAGUAGAUUCUUCAAGCCAUGAUUUACAUUCGAGAAGAUUAUCCUGUCUUGAAGAAGAAGAACAUAAUUUUGGCUAAUAAUAAUGCUUCCCUGAAGCUAGAGAUUGAGAAGCAUGUAGAGAAAGAGCGCCAAUCUGAAGAUCUCAUUAAAUCUCUAAAGGAUGAGCUUGAGAAGGUGAAGCGAGAGCUGAAUAAUGAGAAGAAAAAGGCAGAGGACCUCGCCUCUGAUUUUGAGCAGGUUGCUUUGACUGCUGUUGUCAAGACUCGUGGAGAACUAAUGACAGAGUACAAGGAAGGAAAGUAUGUUGAUUGGGAUGUGGAUGGUGAGAUAGAAACUUACUGUGCCCACAUGGGUUUGGAUGUUGAUAGUGAAGGAGCUGAAAAACUUGAAGAUGCUUCUGUUGCGAAUAUCGAAGAAGCGGCUGCCGAGAUCCAUGAUUUUGGUGCUACAAAGGAUUGUGAAGAACCUCAUGCAAAUGCUUAGUUUCAUUUCAUAUUUUUCUUAGUGGUUCAUGUAUCUGAGUGUUUUGAUUAUUGACAUUUUCCUUGUACAUGUCUCCUUUUUCAAUUCAUCCUUUGUAUUGUUUGCCUAGCGGGGUUCGA